AUGUCUCUCUGUCUCAAUCGUCUCCAGGAGGAGAGGAAACAAUGGCGGCGCGACCACCCAUUCGGCUUCUUCGCAAAGCCAGUCCGAGGUGCCAAUGGUGUUCUCGACCUGAAGAACUGGGAAGUGGGAAUACCUGGAAAGGAAAAGACCAUCUGGGAAGGCGGCCUGUUCAAGUUGACGCUGUCGUUUCCCGACGAAUAUCCUACGAAACCACCCAAAUGCAAAUUCGUUCCGCCUCUCUUCCAUCCCAACGUCUACCCGUCUGGUACCGUCUGCCUUUCGAUCUUGAAUGAGGAAGAAGGCUGGAAACCGGCAAUCACCAUUAAGCAGAUUCUCAUUGGCAUUCAAGAUUUGCUCAACGACCCGAAUCCUGAAUCGCCGGCCCAAGCUGAUGCAUACAACCUAUUUAAGAAGGAUAAGGCAGCAUAUGAGCGUAAAAUCAGAAGCAUCGUCAAGGAAAAUCCCGCGCCGUGA